CCAACCUCAGGUAUGCCCAGUCAUGUGCCGGCAUGUUCGAAACCAUGAGCCUAACAAGUAAAUUCAGGAUGAGAGUCUCUGCAAACAAUCGCCGUCUGGAAUUCCAGAAGAGACUCACUUCCUGGCCUGCAGUCAGAUGGACAUUUAUAUGCAUCACACACUCCCUGUUCAAUUCUUUCUCUCUUUUGAGUUCUCUCUGUCGCAGUCUUUUGUUUAUUUACCUAUCAGUGACAACCACUAAGCGACCUUGGCUUGCAGUGCUAAUCGCAUCAAGUGGAACCCACUCCAUCGUAUCAGAUAUCAGCCUCUGCCUGUUGUUUCGCUCUGGUCCUUAAUGAACUGAAACAAGCCCCCGACCCAUCUGAUCAAAUCUAAUCCUAAUUCUGGAUAUCCCACACCCACUCAACCUCCCCCCGUUAGUAGUGCUUGUUGGUUAUCGCAGCGGGGGUAAACAGUCGGCAAAUCAUCCCAAUUUUUCCCGU